GCCCGAGGAGCGUACGAAGAGCACAGCGGCUCCCGCGAGAGCGAGUCCGUCGCCGCUGAGGCAUUGGCGCAGAUCUUAGUUUGUUUCACGCCGGUUCACGCGAGAGAGAGAGAACGUUUCUCUUUUUUCUUCUCUCUCUCGCUCGCCCUCCGCACACACAGCGCACGCAGAGCGAGGCGUGCACGCGCGCGCGCACCGUUGACGUGCGUCGUUUUCGAACACAAUUCGAAUAUACACAAGUAUAAAAAAAAAAAAACAAAAAGGAGAGAAAGAACAGAGAGAGAGAGAGAAGCAACUUUGCACUAGUGCGCGAGUGUGUAAUAAACGAGCGAGACGGAGAGGCGGGGAGAGAGAGAGAGGGAAAGGAAUUUCGGGAACGGGCGUUCGCAGUGGGUGCUUCGUUUCUUCUCUGGUGGAUUUCUCUACGUGAUACGGUGGUGCCACGGUGGUCCUGCGAUACCGCGCGACGAAGAGAGUCGCCGCCUCCGAUUUUCGGAUAACCCGGCGGACGCACUUCCGAACAGACCAGGUAGCAAGGGGCGCAGUAUGUGCCCGGCGCCGGGCCAAGCGCCGCACCCCAAGGAAGGAUCCGUAGCUUCGACUUCGAAUAUCCACCAUCGAGAGCCGACAGAUACAGGGGCGGCCCGCAGAUACAAAAGAGAAUGACUCAGAGGGAGGACGUUCUCAAGUUCGAGCAGGGCCGCAUCAAGGCCCUGCAGGAGGAACGUCUGCACAUCCAGAAGAAGACGUUCACCAAAUGGAUCAACUCGUUUCUGUUGAAGGCGCGCAUGGAGGUGGACGAUUUGUUCACCGACCUCGCAGAUGGCAAAAAGCUGCUGAAGCUGUUGGAGAUCAUCUCCGGCGAACGAUUGGCCAAGCCCAACAACGGACGCAUGCGAGUUCACAAAAUCGAGAACGUGAACAAGUCCCUGGCGUUCCUCCAUACUAAGGUCCGUCUCGAGAGUAUCGGCGCGGAGGAUAUCGUGGACGGUAAUCCCAGGCUGAUCCUCGGUCUCAUCUGGACCAUCAUUCUGCGAUUCCAAAUUCAAGAGAUCGAGAUCGACGUGGACGAGGAGAACGACAGCAGCGAGAAGAAGUCUGCCAAAGAUGCUCUGUUACUCUGGUGUCAGAGGAAGACGAAUGGCUAUCCCGGCGUCAACAUUCAAGACUUCACCGGGUCCUGGAGGAGCGGUCUUGGUUUCAACGCCCUCAUACACGCUCACAGACCGGACCUGGUCACUUGGUCGGAGUUGCAACAGAACAGAAACAUCGAUAAUCUCAAUUAUGCCUUCGACGUUGCGAACACGGAACUCGGCAUACCGCGGCUGCUGGACGCGGAAGACGUGGACACCGCCAGGCCCGACGAGAAGUCGAUUAUCACCUACGUCGCGUCUUACUACCACACCUUCGCCAGGAUGAAGAACGAGAUAAAGAGCGGCAAGAGAAUAGCGAAUAUCGUCGGCCAGAUGAUGGAUGCUGACAAGAUGAAGAUCCACUACGAGAAGCUGACGACCGACCUGCUGGAAUGGAUCAAGAUGAAGAUCGAGGUGCUGGAGAGCCGUAGUUUCCCGAAUUCCCUCGAGGGUAUCCAACGGGAGCUGCUGGCCUUCAAGCAAUACCGCACGGUGGAGAAGCCGCCGAAGUACAAGGAACGAUCGGAGAUAGAAGCGCUGUACUUCCACAUAAACACUCAGCUGAAGUCCCUGAACCAGCCGGCGUUCACUCCGCAAGAGGGACAGCUGAUCCACGACAUCGAGAGGAACUGGGUAGAGCUGGAGAGAGCGGAGCACCGUCGGGAGGUCGCCCUGAGGACCGAAUUGCUGCGGCAAGAGAGGCUCGAGCAGCUCAACUACAAGUUCGAACGGAAGAGCGUGCUGAGGGAGGGCUACCUGAAGGAGAUGAUCCAGGUGCUGACGGACCCGAGGUACGGCAGCAACCUGGCACAGGUGGACGCCACGGUGAAGAAGCACGAGGCCAUCAGCGCCGACAUAUUGGCGCGCGAGGAACGCUUCCACGACUUGACGAACAUGUCCGAGGAGCUGGUCCGUGAAAAUUACCACGGCCUAGAGAGAGUCCGCAGCAGGGAGCAGGAGGUGUUGCAGAGAUGGAAGGAGCUGCUGGCUCUACUGGACCAUCACAAGUCGAAUCUGGUCGCCCUGUGCUCGCUGAUGAGCCUGAUGCGGGAGAUCGAGACGACGCUGGCCUCGAUCCAAGAGCUCCAACUGAACUUCCAGAGCACCGACGUGGGCCCGCAUCUACUGGGAGUGGAGGACCUGCUGCAGAAGCACAGUCUGCAAGAGUUGCAGGUGACAGCGUUGGGCGAGAGUCAGAGGAGGCUCGGCAGACAGGCGGCUCAACACCUGGCGCAGCCGCAGAGCAAAGAGGUGCCUCUGCUGCGACAGAAGCUCGAACUGCUGAACAGCGCCUACGACGAGCUGUUGGAGAACAGUAAAGAGCGCAAGGCACGGCUGGAGGACGCCCGGAACUUCUUUCACUUCCUGCAAGACCACGAGGACGAAGAGUCCUGGCUGGUCGAGAAACAGCGGAUCUGCAAGGCCGGUAUAUCUGCCAAGGACCUGCGAGCGGUGAUCUCGUUGCAGCAGAAGCACAAGGCUCUCCAGGAUGAGAUGAAGGUGCGCAGGCCCAAGUCCGAGCAGCUCUGCGACGCCGGCAGGAAGCUGAUAGCCGACAACCACUCGUCGGCGCUGGAAAUACAGAACCGAAUAGAUUCGCUGCAGGAACACUGGAGGGUCCUGGAAGAGCUCGCGGCGUUGAGGAAGAAGCAGUUGGACGACGCGGCCGAGACAUUCCAGUUUUACGCCGACGCGAACGAGGCCGAUUCGUGGAUGAACGAGAAAAUGGCGCUCGUCGCUUCGGAGGACUACGGAGUGGACGAGCCGAGCGCUCAGGCCUUGCUGCAAAGGCACAAGGACUUGGAGGGCGAGCUGAACGCCUACAAAGGCGACGUGCAGUCGCUAAACACCCAGGCGGAGAAACUCAUCAAAUCCGGAAUCUCCACUUUGGAGCUGUCCGCCGAUCCGGAACCGGUUGCCGAGCUCGAGCAAGAAGAGUGGAGCAAGGAAGUCAGGCUGGUGCCGCAAGACGAGUGGGUGGACGAGGUGGUCGAACGACUGGAGUCGAAAACCGUUCACGAGGACAGGUUAGUGCCGCAGGUGAAGAGCUUGUAUCCAUUCAGCGGCCAAGGUAUGCAUAUGGUUAAGGGUGAGGUGAUGUUCCUGAUGAACAAGACGAACCCCGAUUGGUGGAGCGUGAGGAAGGCCGACGGUACGGACGGAUUCGUGCCGGCCAACUACGUCCGCGAGAUCGAGCCGAAGAUCGUGCAAGUGCAAGUACGAAGGCCCGAGAAAGUCAAGGUGACUCAGCGUGUAAAGAAGACGAAGAUGGUGAAACAGGUAGUGCCGGUCCGGCGACUGAAGUCCAUCAAGUCCACCGUGAAGCCGAUCAAGCGGAAGACAGUGAGCGACGGCGACAGCGUGGAGAAGCGGCAGAAGAAGAUCAACGACACCUACGGCGAGCUGCAGGAGCUCGCCGUGAAGCGCCACGCGUUGUUGGAGGACGCCAUCAGGCUUUACGGCUUUUACCGGGAAUGCGACGACUUCGAGAAGUGGAUCAAGGACAAGGAGAAGAUGCUGAGGGUCGACGAUCCUCGCGACAACGUCGAGACGGCGAGGAGAAAGUACGAGAAGUUCCUUACGGACCUGUCGGCCUCGGGGAAACGAGUGGAGGCUAUAGAUACCGCGGUGGAUGAAUUUGUUCGUCAAGGGCACAGUCAGCUGGACAAAGUCAAAGCCAGGCAGAAGCACAUACACCAGCUGUGGGAUCACCUGAACUGGUUGAAGACGCAGAAGGAGAAGAGCUUGGAGGGCGCGUCCAGCGUCGAGCUGUUCAACAGAACCUGCGACGAGGCUCACGAUUGGAUGCUGGAGAAGAUUACCCAGCUGGACACGGCCGAGCUGGGACCGGAUCUGAAGACUGUACAGGCUCUGCAGAGGAGGCAUCAGCAUCUGGAGCGAGAACUGGCGCCAGUCGAGGAGAAAGUGCGGAAAGUAGACUUGUUGGCGAACAGCGUCAAGAAUUCGUACCCACACGAACUUAAUAACGUGAAUGCAAGACAAAAUGAGAUUAAGGAGCUUUGGAAUAAAGUCCAGACGAAGGCUAAAGAGCGGAGAUCCCGUUUGGAGGACGCGGUCGGUCAACAGAUAUUCAUGAACAGCUCGAAGAACCUGAUCAACUGGGCCACGGACAUACAAGAAACGAUGAAGGCCGAGGAGCCAGUCAGAGACGUCGCUACGGCCGAGCAGCUCAAGAAACAGCACAUGGAACUCGGAGAAGAAAUACGUACCAAAGAAGACGAAUUCCGUGAAGUCGAAGAGCUCGGUAACCAACUGUUGCGUCGGAACUCGAGCCUGGCGGACGUACGCGAACGUCUGGACAAGCUGAACGGAUUAUAUCCAACCGUGAUGUCCGACUGGAUAGCAAAAGAAGAAUGGCUGCGGCAAUGCUUGGAGUUGCAGCAAUUUAACCGAGAGGCAGAUCAAAUCGAAGCCACUACCAGCUCGCACGAGGCUUUCCUCGAGUUCACCGACUUGGGGGAAUCUCUGGACGACGUGGAGGCGUUGUUAAAGCAACACGGCAAGUUCGAGAAUACUCUGCACGCGCAAGAUGACAGGUUGAAGGCGUUCAGCGACACUGCGGACAAAUUGAUCGCGCAAAAUCACUAUGACAAGGAUUACAUCAACGAGAGAAGAAAUCAAGUAUUAGCGCGUCGCAUGGCGGUGAAAGACGCCGCUCAGCGCCGGAGAGCAGCCUUGAAAGCGUCCGAGCAUUACCAGCAAUUCUCAGCCGAAGUGGAUGACUUGCGCGACUGGUUGGGUGACAAAAUGAAGACCGCGGCCGACGAAAGUUAUCGCGAUUUGAACAAUCUCGAGCGGAAACUGCAGAAGCACGAGGCCUUCGAACGGGAACUGCGCGCCAACGAAGGACAACUGAGAGCGGUCAACAAGGCCGGCAAGGCGCUGAUAUCCGAGGAGAAUUACAGAUCGGACGAUGUCGGAGAAACGUUGAAGGACCUGAAUAACCAGUGGGACCAGCUGGUGGCGUUGUCACUGGAGAAAGGUCGCAGGCUACGACAAGCCGCUUCACAACAUGGCUACAAUCGCACCAUGGAAGACGCUAGGCUGAAGCUCGAGGAGAUCGAGAGCUGUUUGCAGAGCAAGCAAGUCGGCGCGGACCUGCGCAGCUGCAAGGAGUUGCUGAAGAAACACCAGACCCUCGAGACCGACAUGUGCCAGUGGGAGCAGAAAGUGGACGACCUCGUGGCCAUGGGUCAAGAGAUGGCGCAUGAGGGUCAUUUCGAUGCGGCGAACAUCCUGAAGAGCAGUCAAGCCACACAAAAGAAAUUCCGUAGCCUGAAAGAGCCGGCUAAGAGACGACGAGAAGCGCUCGAAGAGAGUCUGCGUUUCCACAAGUUUGGUUUCGAGCUAGAUGCGGAGCUGCAGUGGAUCAAGGACCACUUGCCGCAAGCGUCCUCGACGACUCUCGGACAGAACCUGCACCAGGCGCAGACCUUGCACAAGAAGCACAAGAAGCUAGAGGCGGAGAUCGCCGGCCACCAGCCCAUGAUAGACAAGACUCUGGCUUCCGGGCAGACGCUCAUCGACCAGGCUCAUCCGGAGAGAAAGAAGAUCCAAGAACUGUGCGAUGUUCUGGAUGACGCAUGGAAGGACUUGCAAGAUAAGGCAGGAGACCGUAGCAGAGCGUUGGACUUGUCCCUAAAAGCGCAGGAGUUCUUCUUCGAAGCUGGCGAGGUCGAGAGCUGGCUCAACGAGAAGAACGACGUGCUGAGCUCCACCGACUAUGGCAGAGAUCGUGACGCCGCCACGAAACUAUUGACGAAGCACAAGGCUGUGGAGCUCGAAUUGGACACGUACAACGGUAUCGUGACGGAAAUGGGACACACCGCUGCCACGAUGAUAAACUCGAAGCAUCCCGACAGCAAGGCGAUAGCGAAUAAGCAGCAAGCGAUCGUCCAGCAAAUGCGCGCCCUGCAACGACUGGCUACCGUGAGGCAGCAACGUUUGAUGGAGAGCAUGUACCGCCACGAAUACUUCCUGGAGAGCAGGGAAUUGGAGCAAUGGAUCAAAGAGCAGGAACAGGCGGCCGCGUCGGAGGACUACGGGCAGGAUUACGAGCAUCUGCUGAUACUGCAAGCGAAAUUCAACGAUUUCAAGCAUCGAAUAGAAGCUGGCUCGGAGAGAUUCAACCAAUGCGAGGACCUGGCUAGAAAACUCAUCGCGAAUGAGAGCCCUUACAUUCAGGACAUCGAGAAACGUCAAGAGCAAUUGGGACACGACGAAGACGAUCCGGUGCUUCAAGUACGAAAGCAACACGCGAUAACGCAAGAAUCAUGGCAACACUUGCUGGGUCUCAUUCGAAAUCGUGAGCAGCGGUUACAAGCGGCGGGCGAGAUCCACCGGUUUCACCGCGACGUGGCGGACGCGCUGUCGCGGAUACAAGAGAAGGAGGCUGCAUUGCCGGAAGAUCUGGGUCGCGAUUUGAAUUCCGUUCUGGCGUUGAUCAGGCGGCACGAGGGCUUCGAAAACGACCUGGUCGCUUUGGAAGCUCAGCUGCAGGUCUUGGUGGAGGACGCGUCCAGACUGCAAGCUCAUUAUCCCGGCAACAACGCAGUGCACAUUCAACAACAACAGCAUAUCGUCGUUGAUCAUUGGGAGGAGCUGAAGGAAAGGUCUGCUCAUCGGAGAGAUCAAUUGCAGGCCAGCUGCGACCUGCAGCGAUUCCUCACUCAGGUUAGAGACUUGAUGAACUGGGCGGCGGGACUGCGCGCUACGAUGUCGACGGAGGAGAAGGUUCGAGACGCGGCCAGCGCGCAGACAUUGAAGGCGGAGCACGAGGCUCUGAAAGGAGAGAUCGAAGCGAGGGAGAGCAGCUUCAGCUCGGUGCUGGACCUCGGGGAGGCGAUGGUGCAGACUGGUCACUAUGCCGCUACAGAGGUCGAGGAGAAGUGUAAUCAGCUGUUGGACGAGCGGCAAAAACUGCACACCGCUUGGCAGCAGAAGAAGGUGCACUUGGACCAACUGAUCGACCUGCACUUCUUCCUGCGAGACGCCAAGCAGCUGGACAAUCUGUCCAGCACGCAGGAGGCCGCGCUGAGCGGCGACAACUUCGGGGUUUCGGUUGAAGAAGUUGACGCGCAGGUGAAGAAGCACAACGAAUUCGAGAAGCUGCUGGUCACGCACGAGGAGAAGCUGACGGCUCUGCAGGAGCACGGGGACAAGCUGCUGGCGCAGAAUCACUUCGACUCGCCGACCAUCGGCAGACGGCUGAGCGAAGUGGUGCAAAGACGGACGAGGAUCCGGGACUUGUGCGACGCGCGAAGGAGGCGGCUCGAGGCCAGCCUGUUGCACGCGCAAUUCGUGAGGGACGUGGGCGAGGCUGAGUCUUGGAUAGGCGAGAAGCAGAAGAAACUCGAAGCGGAGGCGUCGAAGGGUGAGGUGUCCAGUCUGGAGGAUAAGAUCAAGAAACUGCAGAAACACCAGGCGUUCCAAGCGGAGCUGGCGGCGAACCAGAGCAGAAUCGAGGAGAUCAGGGCGAAAGGGGAGACGUUAUUGGCGCGGAAGCACCCGGCGAGCGCGGAGAUCCGCCAGCAACUGGAACACCUGCACGCGUCUUGGAGGAAAUUACUGCUCGAGUCUGGAAAUCGGGGCAGAGGUUUAGAGGAGGCCCAGGACAUCUUGGAAUUUAACAAUCAAGUGGAGAAGAUCGAGGCCUGGAUCCGGGACAAGGAGAUGAUGGUUCAAGCCGGCGAUACUGGCAAAGAUUACGAGCACUGCUUGAGCCUCCAGAGGAAACUCGACGACGUGGACAGCGACAUGCGGGUGGACGAUUCCAGGAUAAAAACGAUCAACGCUCUGGCGGAUAAGCUUAUAAAGCAGGGUCGCGACAACGAGUCGAAAACGAUCCAACAACGUCGCGAUAACUUCAACAAUAAGUGGAAAGGCCUGCAGGGCGCGUUGAGCACGUAUCGCGAGACGUUGGCGGGUGCGUUGGAGAUCCACCUGUUCAACCGGGAUAUCGACGACACGAGCCAAAGAGUCAUCGAGAAAUCGGUGGCGAUGAACACGAGCGACACGGGGAAGGACUUACCCGCCGUCGAGCAGCUGCAGAGGAAGCAAGAGGCCAUGGAACGGGACAUGACUGCUAUAGAGGGUAAACUGAAGGAGCACCGAACGGAGGCGCGUAACUUGUCGCACAAGUAUCCGGACAAGGCUCCGCAAAUAAACGGGAUAUUGUCCGAACUGCAAUCCAACUGGGACGAUCUGCAACGUCUGACUCGACACCGCCGUGACGCUCUGAAUCGAGCGUACACGUUGCACAAGUUCCAAGCCGAUCUGCACGAAUUGGACAUUUGGGUGGCCGACACCAUCAAACGCAUGGACGAGUCCGAGCCGCCGACCACCAUAUCCGAAGCUGAAGCUGUGCUGGAGCUGCACCAAGAGAGGAAGGCGGAGAUCGACGGUCGACGGGACAUAUUCAAAGGUUUGAAGGAGCACGGCCAGAAGCUGCUGUCGAUCGACGACGAGGACGUCAAGGACAAUCUCGAGCACUUGGAGAAGCUCCGGCAAACCUUGGUGCGCGCGUGGGAUGAUCGCAGGCAGAAAUUGACACAGGCGCAUCAAUUGCAGCUAUUCAAGGAACAAGCCGAUCAUGCUGACAGCUGGCUGGCGACAAAGGAGGCGUUCCUCAACAACGACGACCUCGGCGAUUCGCUGUCGGGCGUCGAGGCGUUGCUGCGUAAGCACGAGGAAUUCGAGAAGAUGUUGGCGUCUCAAAUGGGACGCAUCGAGGAACUUGAGAAGUUCGCCAACGAUAUCCUGUCGCAGCAGCACGCGGAUGCGAGCAUAAUAAAGCAACGGCUCACCUCGGUCUGCAACAGAAGGGACAAGUUGAAGAACAGCGCGACGGCCAGGAGGAGGAAGCUGCUGGAGAGCCAUCACUUGCACCAGUUUCUCAGGAACAUAUACGAAGUGGAAGGCUGGUUGCACCAGAAGCAGCAGGUGGCGAGCGACGAGAAUUACAGGGACUCCUCGAACUUGCAGAGCAAAAUUCAGAAGCACGCCGCGUUCGAGAGCGAGCUGGUGGCGAACAAGGGCAGAAUCAGCGCGGUGGUCAACGAAGGCGAGGCGCUCAUCGAGGAGAACCACUACGCCUCGAAAGAGAUACAGGAGCGUUUGGACGACUUGGAGGGGGAGUGGCGUCUCUUACAGGAGACUAGCGAGCUGAAGAAGAACCGGCUAAACGACGCGUAUCAGGCCUUGCUGUUCGGCCGCAGUCUGGACGAGUUCGAGACGUGGAUGGAUGAGGUGGAGACUCAGUUGCAAUCGGAAGAUCACGGCAAGGAUCUCUCGAGCGUAGCGAAUCUGCUGAAGAGACACACCAACCUGGAGAAUGACGUGCUCGGGCACAACGAGGCGUGCGAAUACAUCAAGGAGACCGCCGCUAGCUUCCAGAAAUCGAACCACUUCAUGUGCGACGAGAUUCAGGAGAGGGCGUUAGUUACGAUCAACAGAUACCACAGUCUUCAGGAACCGAUACAGAUACGCAGGGAUAAUCUGGAAGACGCGAAGUUACUGCAUCAAUUCGCAAGGGACGUUGAGCACGAGCUGCAUUGGCUGUCGGAGAAGGAACCGUUGGCCGCCAGCAACGAUUUGGGAAGCUCCCUGACUACGGUGCAACGAUUGCAGAAGAAACACCAUGCCUUGGAGGCGGAACUGUUGUCCAGGGAGCCUGUCGUGGCUUCUUUGGUCAGCAGAGCGACCGUGAUGAUCAGAAGUGGACAUUUCGCGGCGGACAAGAUCGAAAAGUUGUCGCAGGAGUUGCAGGUCAAGCUGUCGCACCUGCGAGAUCUGGCGAGUGUCAGGAAACUGAGAUUACUCGACGCUGUGGAGUCGCAAAUGUUCUACGCGGAAGCCGCGGAAGCUGAACAGUGGAUUAGGGAGAAGCAUCCGCAGCUGACGUCCACCGAUUACGGCAAGGACGAAGACUCCGUUCAGUCUUUGUUGAAGAAGCUAGAGGGCAUCGAGCGCGACUUGUCCGGUUUCGAGCAUACGGUCGACAACCUGAAGAAGCUUUCGCAAGGCCUAGUAGAGAGGCACCACUUCGACAGCAAGAAUAUCGCACAGAAACAGGCGGACAUCGAGACGAAAUUCAAGGAGCUGCAGAAACUGAAGGAACAUCGACUGCAGAGAUUGUCGGAGAGCGAGAAGUUCUACAAAUUUAUCAGACAGGCUGACGAGGUGAUCGAAUGGAUCGGAGACCAGACAACGGUCGCUGCGUCGGAGGACUACGGUCGCGACGUCGAGCACGUGGAACUGCUGAUCCAGAUAUUCGAUAACUUCUUAGCCGGCUUGACGACCAGCGAAGGCCGCGUGUCGGCCGUACUCGAGGCGGGUCAGCGACUGAUAGAACAGAACAACCCCGAGAAGAACAAGAUACUCUUGAAAAUCGACGAGACGAAGCAACAGUGGGAAGACCUGAAGGAAUUAGCGAACGCUCGGCAAGAGGCGUUGGCGGGUGCCAAGCAGGUCCACAUGUUCGACAGGACGGCCGACGAGACGAUCUCUUGGAUACAAGAGAAGGAAGCAAACCUCAGUUCAGACGGCUACGGCCACGAUCUGGAGACGAUUCAGGCGUUGGUGAGGAAGCACCAAGGAUUCGAGACCGACCUGGCGGCCGUGAAGGAACAAGCGGAGUGCUUGAUGGAGGAAGCGUCCAGGCUAAUCGAGCUGUUCCCGGACGCGCGUAUACACAUCGAUGUGAAGCACCAGGAAGCGGAAACCGCCUGGGGCGAGUUACUGGAGAAAGCGGCGCAGAGAGGAAGUAAACUGGCGCAAGCCGAACAAUUACAGGCCUACUUGGGCGAGUACAGGGAGCUGAUGUCCUGGAUAAACGAGAUGGUGGCCAAGGUGACGGCACCGGAGUUGGCACGAGACGUUCCCGGCGCCGAGGCGCUGAUCUCCAGGCACAACGAGUACAAGUCGGAGAUCGACACGCGCCAGGAGGCCUUCGAGAAGUUCUACAGGACCGGGCAAGAGCUGAUUGAGCAAGGGCAUUUCUUGGCGAAGGAGAUCGAGGACAAGAUAUCGGUACUGCAGCAACGCCAGCAGAUCCUGAAGGACACGUGGCAGCAACGGAGACUGAUUUACGAACAAAACCUGGACACACAACUGUUCAAGAGGGACGCUGAGACCCUGGAGAACUGGAUACUCAGCAGGGAGCCGAUGCUGCAGGACGGAAAAUUCGGAGAGAGCAUAUCGCAAGUGGAGGAAUUAAUAAGGAAGCACGAUGACUUCGAGAAGACUAUAGAGGCGCAGGAGGACAGAUUCUGCGCACUUAGGCGGAUAACAAUGCUUGAAAAAGCCUUCCAAAAGCAACAAGAGGCGGAAAUCGCAGCUCGCCAAGCGGAGAAGGAGCGUGUGGAACGUGCGAGAAUCGAGGAACGGAAACGCAAAGAGGUGCAGAGGAUAACCGAAGAACGUAAACGCGAAGAGGAGCGUAGACGACUGCUGGACAGCUCUCAUCGCACGCAACACGACGAAGUUAAUGGCUCCGUCGACGAGCAUGAAUCUGUGAAUAUAUUAUCACCGUUAAAGGGUGCUACUGCUUCCGAAACAGCAGAACCUGCGACACCUCAGAAACCGCACGGCAUAUCGCAUAUGUUUGGCGAAAAAUUAAGACGAGCGACUUCGGAUAUCAAGAGAGCCGAGAGCAUGAAAGUUGAUACGAAGAAGCCGAAACGGACUCCGAGCUUCACGACCAGACGAAGAACGCAAAGCUUCAGGAAACUGCAGCGAAUGGAGAACAUGGACGCCCUACGGCCGGUUGAAAUUCAAGGUCUCCUCGAACGGAAGCACGAGCUCCAAAGCGCCGGCAAGAAGGCCGCCGUGCGGUCGUGGAAACAAUAUUACACCGUGCUAUGCGGACAACUGCUGUGCUUCUUCAAGGACAUAGAAGAUUUCUCGUUAAGCAAAGCGGCCACCGCCCCAAUUACCAUUUUUAACGCUAUAUGUGAGAAAGCGGACGAUUACACGAAGAAGAAGAACGUAUUUCGCCUAAAGUGCACGGACGGCUCGGAAUUCUUGUUCUUAGCGCCGAGCCAACAGGAGAUGGAAGAUUGGGUUAAUAAAAUUUCGUUCCACGCGAAACUACCGCCAAGCCUGCAACUCCUGAGCUAUGACGAAUCCCAGAAGCAGCAAGAAGGCAUGGAUAGGCUGCAAAACACGGUGGAUAACGCGGACGAUAACGUGUCGACCGGAAGUAGCCACGCUUCCACACCUGAGAUGGAGAGGAAAAAUUCCGUCAUCAGACGCGACCCUGCGGCGAACCAGCAUUCGCCGAGCUCGGUGCAGAUCGAGUUUCUGCAGAAACACCGGCAGAAUCAACAGCAACGCAAUGACAUGCAGAAUGCCGAAUUCCUGGCGUCGCAGAGGUCCGAGCCGCAGACCCAAACGGAGUUUCUGCAGAUGCACAGACAGCAGCAGUUGCUCGCGCAGCAGCAACAGCAGCAGCUGAUACAACAAGAGCAACUGGCGGCCCAGAAAGACCAAUAUCAGCAGAAUUCCGCGAUGCUGGGCACCGACAAGCCACCUAUACCACCGAGAGGCGCCCCCCCGCCUGUCCCUAUGCGAACACCGAGUUCAGAAAAUAUGGUGCAAUAUCGACGUAAUGAUGUGGAACAUCAUUUGCAACAAGGAAGACCUAACGUCUACCAACAACGUAGCGCGACAUUAAAUCACAAUGGGUCUGGGCAGUAUCCGCCGAACGAGGGAUGGCAUCGACAGAGCAGCGUUGAGCUCUCUACGCAACAUCAAGAAUUAGCACCCCCUCUGCCAUCGAGCGCCCCUCCGCCGACUAGAAUGUCUCAAUGGAACACUCCUCAUGAUUCUGCAUACGGAAAUGUACCGAUAAACGUCCGACAGGGUAUGCAGCAGCAGAACAACACGUUCACCGGCAGACCGGCAUCGUUACCGCCUUACGUCGCACCACCAGCGGCUCCUCAAACAUCACCCAACAUCACAGUAGUAGAUGGUAGAAGAGCGUCAGAGAGCGGAUCGGAAAGCGAACACAGCACCGGCAGUAAUCGGAAAGAUCGUGACUACAAGCGAAGUUCCGUAUUGAGCAAUCUGUUCGGAAGACGCAAGAAACCCUCUCAAUCGUAACACAAAUCCUGAACUUUCACGAAGCACGCUUGUAAGCCACAAUCUUAAUGGCCAGUUUAUACAGGCUGUAUUUAAGAUGUGGAAAAACGACGAACGAUCUUCCUCGAAUAACAGAGUUCCUCGAGAAUAUCGACGGUAAUCCCAAUAUCGCGCCAGUUUCGUUGGACGGCACACCGAUAAUAACUUACUUUACAAAAGAGCGUUUGCAAAAGUUCAAAAUUGGUUCGUUGAUUCACAUAAUCUAUAGAGGAUUAAUUGACAAAUUCUGCCAACUGCCGUGAAAUAUCUUCAUAGAUCGUCAGUAUGAUUAUUGAUUACUGUUGACGUCAGGUAAAACUAAUUUGAAGUAUCUUUACACAUCAAAAAUAAUGUAAUCAAGAAAAAUACAGAUGUGUAAAAACAUAUAUUCAGAGCCCAUGUACAUGCAAGGUGCAUCUUUAGGGACUAUAACAGUUAAAAAUGACCAAUUAUCGUUUUGUAAAGGGACCAAUGCACGCGGUUCAGAAUGGAACCGCGUGAAGUAUAUCGACUUCAACUCGGUGACUAUUUCACAAUAUUCACUAGCCUCUGAUCUAAUAAUACUGUUGACUCGACGAACUCUGUUAUGAAUUCUGUUCUAAUGGUCUAUAAUAACCACAACGAACAAUGAUGUUUUGUAAUAUAAAAAAAAAUUUACAGCCCCGCAAAAGAGAUGACUAUUACCAAGUUUAUUUGAGAUGUACCUGACUUUACGAACGAAGUUCACAAGUGUAGAACUCUUUUUCUGUUUUCGGAGAUUAUUUUUUUUCCUUUUUCUUUUUCCUUAAGUUAAAAAGUACCAGCAGAGAAACGUUAAAAUACAAGAAGAGUGUAAUAAGUUUAAGUUGUAGAUGUCAUAAUAUAUGUUGCAAAUAUUAUAUAUUUGAGAAGAGAAAGAGAGAAAGAAGACCCGUAUGUGGGACCAAUGAUCUUAAUGUAUUAGAUACCAGAGAUAUAUAGACAUAACGUAUUAUUUUUUGUGUGAUGAGGAAGAUGAAAUAUUAUAUAUAUUCUCGAGCGUUAUAAAUCAUUUUUACGAUAAUGGCGAUGUUAUGAAGUGUAAAUUGUAUUUAAUAUACAUAUAAGAAUUAAUGUGUACUACGUAGGCGUACCAUCAUGCUGUCUCGCAUGUAGUUAUAGAAAGAGGUCAAAAUAUAAUAUUAUAUGAAGGAGAAAAAU